AUGUUUGGCUGCGGAUUGCCAUGCCCAAUGCCAAUAUGUCCACAACCUAUGAUGUAUCCACAAUCUAUGAUGUGUCCACAACCAAUGGUGUGCCCACAACCAAUGAUGUGCCCACAACCAAUGAUGUGUCCAUAUGAUGUACCUGUUCCACAGCCUUAUCCUUGUCCUGUUUCUGUACCACAACCUUUUCUUCAAAAUAUGAUACAGCCUGUUGAUAUGCCUAUUCCACAUACAAUUCAGCCUGUUAUCAUACCGAGACCUUAUGGUGUGCCUUUUCCCAGGCCAGUGCCAAUACCCAUAGAAUGUCCAUGUGCUGUACCCGUGCCACAACCUAUACCUAUACCAGUACCAGUAGAACGCCAAUGUCCUGUACCUGUUCCACACCCUAUACCUGUUCCACACCCUGUACCUGUUCCACAGCCUGUACCAGUUCCGGUAGAGACUCCAUGUCCGGUACCUGUUCCAGUGUGUGUACCAGUCCCACAACCAUGUCCAGUAGCUCAACCUAUUAUAAUACGAGAGCCAGUAUGUGUUCCUGUACCAGUACCAGUACCUAUGCAAACACCUCAACAAUACCAAUUCCGUAUGCAGGAGUAUUAUGCUCCUCCAUGCUGUUAUCCACAAGAAGAUUGUAUUGACGAACCUAUAUAUAUAAAACGUCGUCACCGUCGUCAUCGACGGCGAUGUAGAUCAGUUACACCGAUUCCAGAUCAAUUGCCACCAAUCAUUAUUCCAUUUCCAGUGCCAGAACCAGCACCUCCACAACUUCAAAUAACUGAAUAUGUUCAAGAUAUUUAUCCACCAGCACAAUUUUAUACUGAUCAAGUACCUGUAGGUUAUGUUGCCAAAAAUACAAUAUUUCAAAAACCUGGUCAAAUUCAAAAAACAGAAUCACUUGAUUGUCAACCAGGAAUUAUUCUACCACCAUCUCCAUGUAUACAAUCACAACAACAAGUCAUACAAAAAAUACCAAGUGGUCAAUGUGUUCAACAGCAAAUCAUACAACAAUUACCAAAUGGUCAAUGUGUUCAACGACCACUUAGUAUAUGUGGUGGUGGCUUUCAAACUGUUAUAGCACCACAACAACCUAUUGUUUCUCCAUCCAAUUCAAUUGGUCUGAUGAAUUCUUGUCCGUCUGGUGCACAAUGGAUUUCUUAA